AUGGGUCCCGGAAGAAUAAAUUUCGAUUACAAACCGAGACGAAUUUGUCUCAAGCCGGACGCAAAUAAUGCUGUAACGAGACUCUCAGGCAAAUCAAAAGCCAAGCUCAUCCCACGUAUUUCACCCAAAGCCCGUCCCUUUUUGCCCGGUUCGAGAAUAUCGGCUUUUGGUGGUCAUAGGCUUUUGGUGUACAAGUUCAUGCCGAAGGGUAGUUUGGUACGCGUGGGAGACGCGGCGUCGUUUCGAACCCUAGGCGGCUUAAUGUCGUAUUUGAACGAGCUGCUGGGAGCUCUGUACGAGCUGAACCGGAUCGAGUUGGACGUGGAGAGGGUCGCCUGGAUCGGUCGGAAUUACAAGAAAGCCCUUGGUGUCUCGAAGUCGAUCUUUGCUCGGCUGCUCACUGUUUUUUGUCAAUCCGGGCCAUUGCGCAAAGCUGUGGAAGUUUUGCAGCAAGAAGUUUUGGAGGGUGGUUUGCUGAAAUAUUGUCUUGAGUUGGGUUCUAAUGAUCUCAAGGGCUUGAUACAAGUUGUUAAGGACAUUGCCUUCCAAUAUUCCUCAUGUUCUUCCAAAACCGACUUGUGA